AUGGCGCCGCAUCUCAGUAACGAGGAGUUCUUCGCCUCCCUAACAACCCUCCUAAGCACCACCUCCCAGAAAACCCGUGGCUCCGUCUACCUCACCCAAAAACCACUCCUCAACACCACCACCUCCACCAACGGCGACGACCCCUCCCCCGUCUCGCGGCCUUCAAUCCUAAUCCGCGCAACAGACGGAAACACCAACGCGCCCAAUCCGAAGAAUCCCAAGAACAAGAUCGAAAAGUCCAAGGCGAAGUCGAGCAAAGUCAAGAUCUCGACUGUUGUGGCGCCGGAGGAGCUGGAGGGGUUUUAUGGACGGUAUGCGGAGAUUUGUAAGGCAGGAAUGACGGGGUUGAAGAAAAGGGAUCGGAAGAGGGGGAAGGCGAAGGGGAAGGGGGGUGCUGGGAAGGGUGCUAAGGCUUGA